AUGUAUCCUUCCGGACCGGACACCGAUCGGAACUGCGGUACUCGUCUUGGUACUCAUACUCUAGAUGUGCAUCCCCAAUUCAAAUGCCAUCUGCCAUCUCGUAUCGCAGAGUAUGAUUUCUUCAUGACCUCCCCAUCCGACUAUCCGCAGUCGCAAACCAUCCAAGAUGAGUUAGACAUUCUCGAGAAGCAUCUGCAAGAUGCAAAGGCACGAUUGAAGGAGGGUGCCCCUCCUCGUGCCCCGCGGCUCCUUGUCGCCAAUGAAGGUACGGUAUUUAUAGCAUCAGGAUUCCAAUGUUGUCUGAUCCAGAUGAAGCUCAUCUGCUAACAUUCCCAAGGGCCAUUUUCAACUUCAUCUCAGCAUUUCCUGCUGCUCCUUUCCGACUCGGCACUCCCACUGGGUUCCUUCGCAUUUAGCAGUGGGCUGGAAUCCUAUCUCGCGCAUACUCGUCCCAAGUCCUCUUUUCCCGCAUUUCUCGACUUCUCCCUCGGUUCAUAUGCCUCGACGACUCUGCCGUUUGUUUUGGCGGCGUAUCGGAAUCCAAUUAACCUGGUAGAACUGGAUGAUACUUUGGAUGCGGCGAUUAUGUGCACCGUUGGUCGGAGAGCCUCGGUAGCUCAAGGAAGAGCUCUCCUCUCGAUAUGGGACCGGUCGUUUGCUAGUGCGCUUCCUGAUGGGGGUUCAAAAGAAGCAGUAGCCGUGUUGAAAGAAUUCGCCAUUCUCCUUCGCGCUACGUCGCCCGUGGCCACGAAUGAUUUGCCGACAGCAUCUGCCCAUUUAGGACCGUUGUUUGGAGCAAUUGCUUGUAUCCUUGGGAUGAGCCUUCGACAAACAGCAUAUGUGUUUAUGCUAAGCCAUGUGAAAGCGCUGCUUUCCGCUGCCGUUAGAGCGAGUAUCUUUGGACCGUACCAUGCACAGAAAAUAUUGGCUAGUGUUGAGGUUCAGGAGGGAAUUGGUGGGGUGAUUGAGAGAGUGUGGGAUACUAGUAUUGAGGAUGCGGGACAGAGUGUUCCGAUUAUGGAUCUUUGGGUUGGGAGACAUGAGAUGUUGUAUUCUAGGAUAUUCAAUAGCUGA